GCGAUAUUCCUUUGGGUAUUCUGGCCUUCGUUCAACGCUGCUGCUGCAGAGCCGGCCGAUGCUCGUCAAAGAGCGGUGUGCAAUACAUUCCUCUCACUGUGCGCUUGCACUGUCACCACAUUCAUCUUUUCUCAAGCUGUGGACAAACAUAAGAAAUUUGACAUGGUGCAUAUCGCAAAUUCAACUUUGGCUGGUGGUGUUGCUAUUGGAUCCGUGGCCAAUGUGGUGCUAGAGCCUGUACAUGCGAUGGGUAUGGGUGUAGCUGCUGGAGCUCUUUCCGUUAUCGGAUACAAAUAUAUCACAGUAAGCACAUUUCGAGUCUUCCAUUAG